UUUAACGAGACGCUCCUGCCUCCACCCACAGGCUAAAGUAAAGGAAGACACACAGGAGACACACAGGGAGCGUCUCGCAUCCACACGGGGCUCGGGAAUAAAUUGCUCCCGGUGCUUUUCUGUUUGAUGGCAUUUUUAAACGAUGAUCACGAGGAUGGUAGAGAGUGCCCGGUGUGCUACGAGAGUUUAUCGGGGACUGAGAGGACGCUGAGCUGCGGCCACGUUUUCUGUCACGACUGCCUCGUUAAAACCCUGGUGAGCGUCAAUACCAAUGGAAACAUAAGAGACACCAUAGUUUGUCCAAUCUGCAGACAUCUCACAUUCAUCAGGAAACAAAAGGAAGCCGUGGUGUCCUUCAAUGCGGACAAGGAUGUAGAAGCGGCAGGACAGACACUGGAAGUACCCGUGCCCCUCUCUGUGGGGCAGCAGCAGCAUCAGCGCGCGAGCCCUCCAUUGGACACUUUACCGAGGGGACUAAACUGGAUCUCUCAUGUUGUUAGAUGGAUUUCAGAACGACUACGGAGGCAGAGGCUGGUUUGUCCAACUCAUAACGCAUCACAGAUUUUCAUAAUCAGCGCCGAGGGUCGUCCUAUGGUGGAGGAAGAUGCGCUCAGUGUGGUUAUGACUGUGGUUCAGCCAAACAGACGAAGGCGCAGGGUGUGCACUACGGCGCGGUGCUUGCUCUUUUUACUCUCUGUUUUUACUGCUCUCGCUCUGGUGGCUGCAACAUUACCCUGGAUAUUGUUGGCAUAACUACGCCAUAUUCCGUAAGAACUGUGCCAAUGCAUAAAACAUUUUUUGUAGGCUAUGGACUGAAAUAUGCACUUGGAUAUUAUGUGCAAUUAGUUUUAAACUUUGGAAACUUAAAUAGUUACGAUAAUAGCUCUUAUGCUGAUUUUGUUUUUCCAUUUCCCUCAUAUUUUCAUUUUGUCCAUCACCAGUGACCUUUAAAAUUAGGAGUUUGUAACAUUUAUUCUAAGCUGUUGUUCUUGCUGCCCUCUCAAAAUCAUAGUCCACGUGCAUCAUGUUUAUUUAUAUUAAUUUAUCUUGACUACAGGUAGGCCUGUGUAAAUAAAAUUCUUUCCAUUGAAAACCUUA